CACAACAAAAAAAAAAGAAAAAAGAAAACAGAGGGAAUUUUUUUUUUCUUAUCGUUUUUUAUUUCACGUCUUUUAAACAGUAAGCGACGUUAUCAAUGCCUAGAGGACGAAUUCCCAAACAUCGCAAACAAUUUAUAUCCAACAAAAAGGAAACAACUUCAAUAGCUGAUAGUGAUGAUAGUAGUUUAAGACGAAGCUCACGGAAAAGAAGAGCAUCUACCUACCAAGAAGAUGAACUAUUACAACAACAUUCUAAGAAACGAAAGGAAGUGACUCAACCACCAGCAACUCCAACCGAAGAAUCUGAUCAAGAAAGUGAAAUUGAUGAAGCCGGGGAAAAGAAAAUCGACAAGUUUGGAAAUCUACAAGACGGUCGUGUAUUUAAAACACCUACUUUUACUUUACCAACUAGAGGUGAUACUGUAUUAAUGCUUGCCAUGGAUCCUGCUAAAGCACUUGGAUUUCGUGAUAGUCAUAUCUUCUUUAACAAAAAUCCAACUUUGGAACGCGUACGACUAGAUGAGGAGGAAAAGGAUAUAUUGGUAGAACGUGGAAUGGUAUUAUCAUGGUUUCGACAUCGUGAUGUGGCUGUAGUGACCGCUCGCUCCGUAUUCAAACGUUUUGGUGCCAAGAUUAUCAAAAAAGGAAAAAGAUGCCGCGAUGAUUACUUUGAAGCAAAAGCAAGAGAACAAGGAUAUACUGGCGAAACCACGACCUUUGAAAAGAAAACUGAACUGAUGGCUUUAGGACAUUUAGACGAUUCUUCUUUUGGUUUGGAUCAUCAUUACGACGAUUCUUUUAGUCAUACUCGACGAUCUUUACUCAGUAAUAUCACCAACCUCGAUACGACAUCCGAAUAUGCUAUUUACACUCCAUUGACACAAGAAACUUGGCUACAUCAUGCUGCAUUGACUGCCCGUGGAUUCAAUGCACAAAUUCAAUCUUGUAGAGGUCGCAAACCAAUUUUUUAUGAUGCUCACACAAAUAUCAACCAAGUUCCAUCUGCAACUCAACCAAAAGCUUGUCAAUGGAUUGAUCUCGAAACUGAAUUAUCUUCACAGGAACAGAAAUCAGACACGAUAAUAGAAUUCAACAAUACUCUUACUGGAAAUAAGACGACAACUAUUUAUCAUCCUCGGGCACAUCAUCAGAUUUUAACCAACCACAACGAUGACGAUUUGAAGGAUAUUUUGAAGACUUUGCCUCCGCAUGUACAACCUAUUGUGACCAAAUUGAUGAAAAAACCUUUGUAUUUUGAUGAUGAAAGUGAUAAUGACAAAUACCCAGAAUAUCCUAUUGCUUUAGUGGAAAAUCAGUAUCAAGAUACGUUCCCAAUUCAUUUUACUCGAUUUGGAAUCCCACGACCACAUAUACAAGGACCAAGUGUUGUGAUUGGCAAUACACAAUCUUUAAUGGCUCAACAACACUAUUUGAAUCAAGUUUAUCAAUACGUCAACCUUACAAAGAAUCUCCCUCCUCAAAAUCUCAAUUCAGCACAUCCAAGUUCUGCUAUGCCAUCAUUCAUGCCAAUGGCUAAUAUACCUCCUGUUACUUCAGGUUCUCGGAUGAAUCAAAAUACUAUUCUUAGUACUGGCCUUGAAUCAUCUUCCAAUUCUUCAGUCACUGGACAACAACAAAAAGAAAUUACUAAAGCUGCUUCAGAAACCAAGUCAACUGAAACAACAAAACUAGUACAUCAAUGUCAAGAAUGUCAUCAAAUGAAAGCACCAAGUAUUCUUGUCCAACCCAAAGAAAACGAACCACCUUUAUGUGAUGUUUAUUCUCUGUUUUCCUGUUUCAAAUGUGAACACAAAUACCAUCCUGUUUGUGCUAAUCUGACUACCCCCAGGCAAAUAGCUGCUGCUGAAUCCUAUCCUUGGUCAUGUCCUGAAUGCAAGAUAUGUUGUAUCUGUAAUUCGGCUGGUGAUGAAACCAAAUUGAUGAUUUGUGAUGGGUGUGAUCGUGGAUGGCAUACUGACUGUUGUACUCCUCCUGUCAAAGAUAUCCCCGAAGGAUCCUGGCUAUGUCCAGUUUGUGCUGUAUGUCAUAGUUGUGAUACGAUCAAUGUGGUGGAUGUGAAUGAUGAUCUAAAUAGUGAAGACCUUAUACAUGCUGUGGCACCCCCAACAACGGGCCAUUACAAAUUUCCUGUCUACCUGGCAAGCUAUUGUGGCCCUUGUUUUGCAAAUUUUGAAGAAGAUCGAUUUUGUCCUGCUUGUUUACGAUCGUAUGCGGACGGAGAAGAUGUAGCAGAUGAGGAUAAGGAAAUGGUGGCAUGUGAUUCCUGUGAUAGGUGGAUCCAUUCUCGUUGUGAUAGUACCUUGACACCUGAACGUUAUCAACAACUUUGUGAAGAUGAACGUGUCAAAUAUACUUGUCCACUCUGUGCUGACCAUGGUGUUAAACCUAUUGAUCCUAAUUCGAGCUUGGCCACCUUAGCAUUACAAGGUUUUUCUGCACCCUGUGGUCUUGCUGUUGGUAUUAUUGGUGGAAAGGUGAGAACACGUGGACUGGUCGAGUACAAUGGAUAUAAAGUAGGAGUGCCUGAAAUUUCUGGUGCUGGAUCGACGGAAUUGCCUAGUUAGUUGAUUAUUUCAUUUAUUACUCUAUUAAUUAGAUAGAAAUUGUAUAUAUAUAUUACUGUUCUUAUUAUAAAUCUUCAUCCCUUCGUUCUUUUU